CCGAUCAGUUCCCCUACCUACCGGCGUUCAGUUACGUUGUGGAGAACAUUACUCGGACGACAGUUUGUUUGGAUUUUGGUUGUACAAGAAGUCCUGUGAAAUCGUUUUUCUCUUUUUUCUAACAAACACGAUACGAACAGUAGUGUAUUUAACGUUUGUGCGCAAGUGAUCGUGGGAAAGUACUUUCCACCGGUUUUCUUUAACGAUUAUCUCGAUAUCCCCGUUUACAUUCCAUACCCACGCGUGGUUUUGCAAGUACGCAGGAUUCGGUACUUUGGUGAACAUUCGAUGGGAAACAACAGAAGGAUCUUUGUCGAAGAAUCAUCCCCGGCGAUGCUUUGAAUCGAUUCUCGAUUGGGAUUUUCAUCGAAUCGUACAGGAAUGCGGCGCGAAUCGUUAAUGAAAAAUGGACAUUAAAGAGUGACUUCUUUGCUUCCUUUACCCUCCGUGAGAGAGUGGACCCACCUUCUGACAGGUGGAAUGCGGGGACCCAACACAGCCGUGGGGAUCGACGAUCGCGAUUGUAGCGACGCGAAGCGACUCGUGCAGAAGCCGAAGAACCGUGGUCGCAGUUACUGGCUAGAAGGGACGGAAGGUGGUACCGGAAGAUAUCUCCGGGUUUUCGUGAGAACCAGCGACCUUCCUUCGUACGUGAGAACAGCAACGAGAGGUCGUCCUUGAAGGUGUGGAAGAAGUAACGCGUACAGCCAGUGGUCGAGCAAGCAACUCGGCAUCGAGAGAGAUUUAUUCGAGUUUCACAACCUCUCUCGAUCAGCGGCACCGGUCGUGACCUCGAUAGAGCUCAUCCACCUGGUCGGCUAUCUUAGCUCGGGCAAUCCAGCAGCACCCUGGAAAGGUCGAGUUGCUUUUGCUCUUCAGCUACCAGGGAAAUUGCAACGCACCAUGUAGUUGGUCAACGAAUCGAAGAAUUUUUCAACUGAAAGUGAAUCUUGACAGAGAGACUAUUCGAAAUAAUUGUACAUACAAAGUGUAGCUAGAAAGAACCAUGAAGACGAUGGGCGACGUGGUCGCUGAUCCUGUGGACGAAGAGAACGACAGUACCGGGUCGGGUCAGAACCCGAUUACCGGUAAAGAAUUUGGUCAGAAGACUUUGAGGUCGUUGAAGAGAGGACUUGGUAGACUGUGGAGAAGGCACAGGGGUAAUGCCUCGAUCACCGAGUACGACCCUUGUUAUAAGGUCGCUUAUCUUGGGAACGUUCUCACUGGAUGGGCCAAGGGUGAGGGCUGCGUGGAGAAACCGGUGUCGACCUUAUGGCGCAAUUACGUUAGCAGCAGCCGACCGGACGUGUCGAUGAGGUUGACGGUCACGAACGGCGGUUUGACCGCGACGACCAAGGAUCACGGUCUUACGGAGUACUGGGCUCAUAGGGUGACCUAUUGCACGGCACCAGCUUCCCACCCGCGGCUCUUCGUCUGGGUGUAUCGGCACGAGGGGCGCAGGUUGAGGCCGGAGCUCAGGUGCCACGCGGCCUUAUGCAACAAGGAAUCCACCGCCAGAAGGCUGGCCUCGACAUUGAACACCAGGCUACAGCAAGCUCUUCUAGAAUUCCGGCGGGACAAGGUCUCCAGACAAAAUGCUAGAUUAUCCCUAGCAAGUGCUCUGUACGAGAACCCUUCCUUACCACGACGAAAGUUGCUUCUCAGCACCGGAGGUCAGAAUUAUCGACCUCCUCUGGAGAGGUCGAAGAGCGCGCCGAAAUUAUCAGCGAUCGAAGAGGACAUCGUUGCCGAAGAGAUCGAGCAACAAAGAAUCCUCGAGGAAUUGAGGAGCUUGGAGAACGUGGCACGCAGCUGGCAAGAUCAAGACAGCUGGAGACUCGCUCGAUUGCUCGAUGCUUUGCAUCGCGAGUCCUCGGAUGAAAACGGAAGUAUAUCCAGCGGAUGCGAGACAGCCAGCACCGCGACCAGCGAAGAAAGAGCCCCAGGUGCGGAGGAUCAUCACGCUGCAGGUGACGGAACGGAGCCACGAACGGACAGAAGAGUGAUGUUCAGCGACGAGAGUAUCGGUCGAGGUGCAGGACCUCGGAGAAACUCGGAGGGUUCACCAAAUUUCAUGACCUGCGCCGGAAGUCCCCGUUUCCACCGUCGCAACGUGAUGAUCGGUCGCAAGAGGUUUCCGUCUCGUCACGAAGAGGACGAAUCGAUGGAGGAAGACGAAGAGAUAGAAGAACCAGCCUCCCACGUGUUCGAUUUCGAGGAUGCCGAGGAUUUCGAUGACGUAGUCGAUUACAGACCAAGGGGUGAGAUAUUGCGUAGGUUGGAGGAUCCUCAGGAGAGGGAGAGACGGACCAUGGAAAAGUACCCUGGCAGGAUGAGCGAAGAGUUGUUGCCGAACGACGAAUCUCCCUUUCUAACUUUAGAUUCUCUCGACGAGGAAGUCGAUAGCGACGAGAGUGGCUACGUUGAAGCACCACCAAAGUCUUUUCUGACUCAAGACGAUCGUAAAGAGGACGAGAAGGAACGCAACAACAAUAAUAAGAAAGUUGAGUUAAAUCAAGGGCAAACAGAAGCACAGGAUAUCCUCAGAGGAUCGAAACACGAAGGUUCCAAAGAUGCUAAACAGGAAGAAAAGAAAGAAGAAGAAGUGGAAUCGAAGGAGGUGAAAGAAAAGGAAAGAGCAGACUUCAUCAAAUGUCCUAUCUCAGAGACUAUCAAGAAAUUAGCGAACGCGUCCCUAAAGAGUUCCAAGUCCUUAGAGAUGACUACAAACAAUUGUCUGAAAGCUCUGAAUAAUUUAAAAACAUCCAAGUCCUUCGACGGUGUUAAAACCAUCGAGAUCGAUGGCGAAUCACCGAGUCUUCAUCAACGGAAACAACUGUUGGCCCAACAGGGUGUUACCGUUUGAAAAGAAGCUCCUUCCAAAUGUUCACGAAAGUUGGAUGGUUCUUUGGUAUUGACUAACGACAAUGUAGAUAGUUUGUUGUUCACUCGUCAUGUUGUCGUCAUCGUUAGACAAUUUUCUUCGAGUUAGGAAGCUUUAUAAUGAGGGAUGAUAAUCGAUUCCUAUGAUGUUCGUUUUGUUUGAUCAAUAAGGAGAGUCCUUGGUACGCUGUUGUAUCUGUGUUUAUUGAUUCCAUAGAAUGAAACGCAUCGUGGUUUUGAGAGAACGUGUAUUGUUUCGUCGAAUUGUUUAGAAUCAAACGGUAUUUUGUAUUUUAUACAAAUUGUGGAUGGUAAUUUAAUAGGUGUGUCUAGUAAUUAGGAGUUUGAAGUGAAGGUUUACACGUUGACUGCCCCAGUGAAGAUGGACAAGUGUGGAGUAAUAAUUAUUCAAUUAAUUGGUAACUUCGUAGAAACGUUUAUAAAUUAGCUAAUUUCAAUUUCCAGAUUGAAGCUUUCGAUUUAAUGAUGGUAUUGAAAAUGUUUCAUCUCGUUUCUUAUUUUAAUUAUUUAGUUAAAAUGGGCGCUUCAGGCACCCAGUAAAUUCCAAUGGCAGCCAACGUGUUGUUAACAUCUGUUACAUCAUUUAACAAUUCCUCGAUAAUUCUUUUUUCCUUUCCAAAAACUAAUACCAGUUUGAGAGUGUGUGUACUUACAAAAUUAAUUCGAGAAUAAGGUAAUGUCGUCCGAUUAAUGAAAUCGAACGAAUAUCUUUGCGAAGUUAAUUGUUCCAGAUUCGCACAAAUUUAGAAACCGGCAUAUUUUGUAAAUACGUUUAACAAACACCGAAAGGUAAUAGGAAUAAAGUAUCGUUAAAGAGUUCCACGUCGAAUAUUUAAAAAGAAAUAAUGUCAAUAAAACGGUUUCAUAACA